AUGCCUCAGAACGAAUAUGUCGAACGUUGGCAGAAACUGCACGGAAAGCGGUUUGAUGCGGAAGAGCGGGCCCGCAAGCGUGAGGCUCGUGAGAGCCAUCAGAAGUCCAAGGAUGCGCAGAAUCUGCGUGGUCUGCGGGCCAAGCUGAUGCAGCAGCAGCGCCACAAGGAGAAGAUCCAGAUGCGCAAGCGCAUCAAGGCCCAGGAGGAGCGCAACGUCAAGUCCAGCUCUGGCGAUGCCGAGCCCAAGUCCGCCGUCCCGCACUACCUUCUCGACCGAUCCGAGGCCACGAACGCCAAGGCCCUGUCGUCUGCCAUCAAGGACAAGCGGAAUGAGAAGGCGGCCAAGUUCUCCGUGCCGAUUCCUAAAGUCCGUGGUAUUUCGGAGGAGGAGAUGUUCAAGGUUGUCAACACCGGCAAGAAGACGCACAAGAAGUCGUGGAAGAGAAUGAUCACGAAGCCCACCUUUGUGGGACAGGAUUUCACCCGGCAGAAUGUGAAAUACGAGCGGUUUAUCCGGCCAAUGGGUCUGCGUUACAAGAAGGCCAACGUCACUCAUCCCAAGCUCGGUGUCACCGUCCAACUCCCGAUCAUCAACGUCCAGAAGAACCCCAACAACCCUCUCUACACUCGUCUCGGAGUCUUGAGCCGUGGAACUGUUAUCGAGGUCAACGUCAGCGAACUUGGAAUGGUCACAACCGCCGGUAAGGUGGUGUGGGCCAAGUAUGCCCAGAUUACUAACAACCCUGAGAACGACGGCUGCGUCAAUGCGGUCCUUCUCGUCUAA